AGAGAACCAGCUUCAAUGGACGGAAAACCCAGAGUUAAACCUGAAGUUACCUUGAUAAAGGCAAAUCCUGCUUCAAAAGGUGAGAUGACCUCGUCCACACUCGGCCAGUCAGCGCCUCUGGUUGCGAACCUGGAGCCUGGGAUUGGGAAGUAUGCAGCCAUACUGGGGUUGUCGGCUGGGCUGGGGGGAGCAGAGAUGGAGCUGCAAAAGAUGCUCAUCGAGGAGAGGAUGAAAUGCGAAAACCACAGGACCAACUACCAGAUGCUGAAGGCUGAACACACAAGCCUGCAGGACGAGUUCACGCGGUCGCAGGAAGAACUGAAGCGCUUGCUGAGUGACAGGCAGGCCCAGCAGGAGAAAGUGCAGCUGCUGUUGGUUGAACUGCGAGGAGAGCUCCUGGACAAAACCAGAGAGCUGGAGGAGCUUCGAUUGCAGGUGAUGACCCCUCAGCAGUUGGAGUUGCUCAGAGCUCAGGUGCAACAGGAUAUGCAGGCUCCGGUCCGAGAGAUUUUCAAAAAAAUGGAAGAGGAGGCGGAGAAGUACAGGUCUGAGUACAGCAAGCUGCGGUACGAGAACACCAUCAUCAAGUCCCAAUUUGAACAUGCUCACAUGCUGGAGCAGAGGAGGAUUCGUCACCAGGCAGAGCUCUCUCACCUGGAGAAUGACAGGGUGGACCUUGUGACUUGGUACCAGGGUUCGGACCCACUGCGUGAUGUGAAACGAGUGGAGGCCCUGCUGAGGGACAAAGCCCAGCUGCAUGUGCAGCUGAAGGGGCUGGAGGCGGAGGUUGGCGAGCUUCGGGCCCGCAAUGAAAACUCUGGCCAGCAGGCCGAGAACGUGCAGCGUAUCCAGAUCAGACAGCUCUCAGAGUGUCAGGCUGCAGGGAUGUCACUGGAGGCAGAGCGUCAGUCACUGCGCCUGCAGCUGGAACGGAUGGAGAGCGAGCUUCAACUGAGCCACGAGCAGAACAGCCAGCUAACAGGGCGACUGCACAAAGCUGAGAGAGAGGUCAACUCCCUCACCUGUGAGAUUGAAAGUCUGAAACAUUCACAUAAGCUGGAGAUGGCCUGCGUCAAAGUGGAAUGUACCCGCUCUAAAGGGGAGGUGGAGAGGGAGAGAGACACACUGCAGGGGCAGCUGGAUGGUCUGCAGACUGAUGUUGAGAUGCUAAAAGCUGCAGUGGAGCGACACAAAGACGUUGUGGUGAAGAAGGAUAAGGAGAUUGUCCGGAAUUUGCAGUCUGCCCGUGAAGAGGAGCACUGCAAAAUUGCAACCCUGCACGAGGAAAGGUUGGAGUUGGAGAACCGUCUUGCUGCAUUGGAACAGCAGAGGGCGCUAAAGGAUGCUGCAAAUCGCGCACAGAAGGAGGAGUGGGAGGAACGUCUCCGUAGUGCCCAGCAAGGCGAAGAGUCGGGCCGCAUAGAAGUGCAGACCCUGAGAACCAGACCAGAAAGUCACUUGAUGGAGACAAACCAGCGCCUCAGAGAAAUCCUGGACAGCAUCGGGGAAGAACUGAGGACGACCAGAGGUCAGGCCGAGAGGAGCCAACACAAGGCAGAGAGGAUGUUGGAAGUCCGUCAGGUCGAGUGGUUGGAGGAGAAACACAAGCUGCAGGAGCGAGAGGCUGAACUGCAGCAGAAACAUACUCAGGACAAAGAGAAACUGCAGAGGGCAGCGGUGGCCCAGAAGAAGAGGAAAGCACUGACGGAGAACAGAGAGAAGAAACUGCAGGAUAAGAUCCAGUUGCUUCAGGUAAAGAUAGAGGAACUGGAACUGGAAGCUGCUGCAGCCAAGAAACGUCCGUCCUUCUCACAGGAACAAGCCCAAGUCCAAUGCCCACGCUUGAAGGAGCUGCAGCGACGACAAAACGAGUUUCGACACCUCCUGCUGGACGGUCAGGCUCCUUUCAGCGGAGGCCCAGUGUUACUCACCUCCUCACCCACCUCCUUCCUCCGCCUCGGGCCUGAGGGGCCGUCGUCGUCCAAUAUCCCGGAGGAGCAGAAUCAGAGGGAGUUCUCUCUACUCCGUCAGAGGCUUGAAGAUCUGGAAAGCGUCCAGCAGCAACAGCUGGAGGAACUUGGAUCUGUGGUGCAGAGGGACCAGAGGCUGGUUGCACCAACUGAGCUCACGACUCUUCUUAACUUCUAGCGAAGCAUUUUCAUGUGAACGCCGACGUGUCUUACUGCAACAGCCUGCGUUGCUAGGAUACAAACUUCGCUGUCUUGCCAAUUGCCAAACAGUGUCAUUUAAUUUCUGCUGCCUUCUUUUUUUUUACGAUUUUAACAAUGCAGGAUCAAAAAAAAGAAAAAAGAAGGUAACUUCACUGACACUGAUAUUAGGAACAGCUUUGGGAUGUACUGACUGCCAAGCAGUCAACAUGGAGAGAAAUAACAGAUAUGAUAAAUCAUGUUUCUGAGUGGGGCAGCCUUUGCACAGAGAGCGAUGUAACGAAGAAGUGGAAAGAACUUUUCAGCAAAAAACAUCAAACCGGGGGAGGUCCUCCCCUAAAGAAGUCCAUAUACAGUGAAAUUGUGUUGAUGUGUUUGGAGAUGUUUCACUGGCGUUUACAGGUUUGUGUGGCGUGGAAAGCGGCGGUACAGAGCAACCGUUUGAAGAAGGCCGAUGACAGCAGUAACAGCAACAUCAACAUUAUGUGCAUUGCGAAAGUGUGUAUUUCACAUAAAUUACCCAUUCCUUUAUUUACUUAUUUGUGUGGUUUAAUAGAAGCUGAAUAAACAAAAAUCUGCCGAUAAUCGUAGCUUGCUUGAGGUGGAUAACUUUAGGUCAGAUCUUAUGAAUUAUCAUCACUAUAUUAUAAUUAUAUUAUAAUAUAAUAAUGGGCCAGAUUUAAUUUUUAUACAUGCAUCUCUGUGUGUAUUUAUAUAUAUAUAUAUGUGUGUGUAUGUAUGUGUAUAUACAUGUAUAUAUAUAUAUAUAUAUAUAUAUAUAUAUAUAUAUAUAUAUAAAUAUAUAUAUAUGGAGAUCUGGUAAAGCAAAGUAAUUGUGGUUGUUUGUUUAAUGAACCAAAGAAAUUGAGUAUUUUAUUUUGAGGUUGUGAUAAUAGUUUAUACAAAGCCCUACGUACAACACAGUCAUCUGUGUUGACGAAAGAGGGCUGAAUUAGUGAAUAAAAACAAUUUUAAUGUUGA